GGGAGCGACACCGGAUUCGACAUGUUGACGCCGCUGACCUUAACCCUCACCGCACUGCUGAUCUCGCUGCCCUCCGCCGCUGGCUUUGGCCUCGCACCCGCGCAUGCGCCUCCGCUGCGGCUGCGCGCGCCGGCCGUCCGGGCUUGCGCACCGGCUUCGGAAGAGGUGGAUGUCGUGGUGGUCGGUGCCGGCCUCGGCGGCCUGUCUUGCGCCGGCCUGCUCGCGUCGCAGGGCCUCAAGGUCGCGGUGCUGGAGUCGCACUACGAGAUUGGCGGCUGCGCGCACGAGUUCAACGUCAACAUGGACGGCAAGCCGGUCCCGUCGGAGCUGCUGGCCAAGAAGCCGCAGCCGGUCUUCAAGUUCGAGGCGGGCCCGUCGCUGUACAGCGGCCUGAGCGCGGACGCGAGCCCGAACCCGCUCAAGCACAUCUUCCAGAUGGUUGGCGAGGAGCCCGAGUGGAUCAACUAUGACACUUGGGGCGCGCACCUGCCCGAGGUUCCCGAAGGGUACGAGCUCUCCAUUGGCGCCGAGAACUUCAUGGAGAUCCUGCGCCGGUACGGCGGCCCGACGGCAAGGGAGGACUGGGACCGGCUCGCGGAGCAGCUGAUGCCGCUGACCAAGGGCGUCACCGCGCUGCCCUCGACUGCGGUGCGCGGCGACGCGGGCGUGCUGCUCACGCUUGGCGCGCGCUACCCGCGAGCCUUCCUCGACGUGAUCCUGAACGCGCAGAAGAUCACCGCCCCCUUCGACCUGGAGGCGUACGGCGUGCGCGACCCCUUCCUCAAGAACUACCUCGACCUGAUCGCCUUCUUGCUGCAGGGGCUGCCCUCGAACGGCACUCUGACCGCCGUGAUGGCCUUCAUGGUGGACGAGUUUUACAAGCCGGACGCGGUGAUGGACUUCCCAAAGGGCGGGAGCGGGGCGAUGGCGGCGGCGCUGGCGCGCGGAGUGACCAAGCACGCCGGCUGCUCCGUGCGCACCUCGACGCCCGUCGAGGAGGUUGUGGUGGAGGAGGGGCGAGCGGCCGGCGUCCGCCUCAAGGGCGGCGGGCUGCUCCGCGCCAAGCGCGCCGUCGCCGACCUGCACAACACUUUCCGGAUGGUGCCCGAGGGCGCGCACGCCGGCUUCGAUGAGGAGCGCGACGCGCUGCUCGCUCCAGCGGCGCCGGUGUACAGCGACGACGACGGGCCGGCCGACGGGGCGGGGCUGCCGCUCUGCAAGUCGUUCAUGCACUUGCACUUGGGCGUGAGGGCGGACGCGAUGCCGCCCGACUUGCCUCCGCAGUGGACCGUGGUCAACAGCUGGGACGUGCCGAUCGACGCGCCGGGCAACGUGAUCGUGAGCGUGCCUUCGAUCCUCGACCCGUCCCUCGCGCCGGAGGGGCACCACGUGAUCCACGCAUACACGGCUGGCAACGAGCCGUACCACAUCUGGGAGCGGUUCGAGGGCGUCGACACAAACAAGGACGCAGCCUACCUCGCCCUCAAGGAGGAGCGCGCCGCCCCGAUGUGGGAGGCGAUCCGGAGGCGGGUGCCGCGCGUGGAGGAGGGCGUCGUCGUCCGCCAGAUCGGCACGCCGCUCACGCACGCGCGCUUCCUCCGCCGCCACCGCGGCAACUACGGCCUCGCCCUCGCGGCGGGCGGCGGCUUCGAGUUCCCAAAGGUGACGACGCCGCUGCCCGGCCUCUUCCGCUGCGGCGACUCGACGACGGCGGGCAUCGGCGUGCCCGCCGUCGCGAGCAGCGGCGCGCAGUGCGCGAACGCGCUGCUCAGUGUCUGGGAGCAGCUGAAGAUGAACGACAAGAUCAAGAUGCCGAGCAGCGCCGGCGAGCCGCUCCUGCAGCGCCGAUGACGGGUAGAGAGUCUAAAGCCGUACGUGAGGUGUUCGCGCGCGAUGGAGUGUGCGGUGUUCAGUCGUCAGACGUCGCGCGCGCGCAAGAGAGAGUUUAAGCGCGAGCGAUAUAUACACAUGUGUGUGCCGAGAUGCGCGACACCGCGCACACUGCGGAGUGUUAAUUUCGAAACUCAACCACACACACGCACACGGGGCAGUCGGGACGCGCGGCAAAAACCGCCACAUGCAACGUACAUAACCUGAGUGCCUGGUUCCUCGCGGUCCCGGCCCGCGAUGGCCGGCAAGAUUCAUGAGUGAGGCUGGAGGAAGCCGCCCAGAGGUGGCGGCUGAGCCUGUACCUGUAGAAGAGAAGGGAAGACGGGCAGGCUGUCCACGAUAUGCGACGCUGCCGACGUGCGAUGCGCACUACCGCUGCCCGGCCGCCUCGCCGGCCGGCACCAGCUGCGGCACGGGCUCCGUCACGGGGCUGGGCUGCGGCGGGGCGCCGUAAUGGGCGCCGCCCGCCCCGCCGCCGUCCGCCCCGCCGAGCGACGUAAUGGACCCGUCCGCCGCGGCUGCACACACGGGCUGGGUGUCGCCCUGCAGCCUGCCGCCCAUCGACGGGUACGCGGCUGACGGGUAUGCCGCCAUCGGGGCCCCACCCAUCACCGGGUUGCCCAGCGCCGCAAGCUGCCCGACAGGCUGCCCCGCGGCCAGCGACUCGCGCAGUGCGUCGAGCUGCGCCGCCUUUGCGGCCGCAACCGUCGGGGAGAAGCCUGAGGAGAGUCCCGCCACGCCCGCCGCCGCGCCGCCCUCGCCGAGCACGUCUGCAGUCUGCCGCGAGAGGCCGUGCAGGGCGUACCCGCCCCCGAGCCAGCCCCCGCCGGCCGGGUCGGCUGCGCUCGCCGCGACGGCGCGCUGCAGCUCCUCCAUCCCUGACA